AUGGACAAAUUUGCUACGUUGGAGCCGGUAAAACUCUAUGCAUCAGCGACGUCGACAGGUGCUCGCCUGCUCUCACGAAAUCAUACGACGUCGAAGCCCGUUGGUUCACCUCUAGUAGGCCGUCUGCCAACGGACUUGCAUCUCCUCAUUUUAUCCUACGUCCUAAUACCAGAUUUCCCUGCAUACAGUCGAUGUUCGCGGUCUACGGCCAACCUUGCUCGGAACGAGACCGUCUGGGAAAAGCGUUGGAAGGCCUUGGGCGUGGAACAGCACUCACUAUCGUCUGUUCUCGAGGACCUGGAGGCAAAAUCGAGGGGACAGGUAGCAGCGAGUCGUGCAGCAGCUCCACCGACUAUUGCAGUCGACGAUGAAUUCGGGGACUUUGCGACUGUCGACGUUCUCAGCCCACCGCACGCGGAGAUGGGCGACUUUGUGGGCGCAUUCGACAACGUCGUGUUCACUCCAAAGUCGCCGAUGCCUGCACAUAUGGAGCCUUCGUUUAGGGAGCGGUACAUCCGGGCGCAUAAGCUACUGAGGCCCCUUACACGGAUACUGUCGUCGCCGCCUCAUAUAGUACUCAACGAGCUAUCCAAUUCGGUGUCACAUACACUGCGGCAUGAAGCGCAGACAUUACGUCUCCUCUCCCUCUUCCUCUCACCCCAGGUGCAGCCUCUUCGGCAAUGGGACACCCUGUCCUCGUCAUUGCGGUCGGCCAUGGACCGGUUCGAUGCCAACCUCCUCGCAGCGUUCGACCUGGCAGACAGUAAAGCGGAUGAGGCAGGGAUGAAAGAUGCAGCAGAGUCCAGCUGGCAGAUUUGGGACGGGCGCGGCGACUGGGAGAUGGGCAAGGUGUGGGCUGAGAAGAGAGAGAUAUUCUACGUCCAGGAGAGAUGGAAUCCUAUGGACAACUUUACGUGCAAUCGAGAGCUUGAUUUUGAUGCCAUGGAUGAAUUCAUAACCGCGAUUCUCGGAUCCAUUGUCGAACAUGGAUCGCGUGCGGUACGCGUAUUUCCACCGGCAUCGGAUGUUCUCGUAUCUUUUGCUGACCGUGUCGCUACCGAAGUUGUCGGGGAAUAUGUGACAUCCCUUCUCACGAGAGCCCGCGAAAUCUCUAACGAGACGUACCUCAAAGCGGCAGCAGCCAGCUUUAAGGAGUCUUGGCGUAUGGUAGAUGCAAUUCUACAAGCUGCUAAAACCAGUCUCAACUGCAAUUUGACGCAAACAAGGGCAGAGGAUGUUGUGUACCGUAUGUUUGAGAUUAACAUGGACGAGUACCUCGAUGAAGAGGUCGAGUCUGUAAAACAAGCGCUCGAUGUGAUAUGUAAAGGUUGGGAACGACAGCACGCCGAGACAUCGUCAGCAAUGAACACUGCUCGGUUUUUGAGCUCCCACAACCCUGCGCAAGUGAAGAGAAACGUGCUGGCCUCUUUCACUAGCGUCUUGUUACUUCCUGUUACCAUUGUACCAAGGACUGUUGGAGCAGUGGGUGGUGCCAUCAUGACUGGAGGUACCGCUGCCGCUCAAGGGAUCGCAAUGCUUAACCCUCAGAGAUGGGGAGGUGGUGGUGCGGUCACGUCUAAUGGGUAUUCCAAGAAUUUAGCAAAGGAUGGCGAAAUGCUGUUCGAUAAUCCUGAUGAUGAUGAUGAAAAUGAAAAUGACGAGGAGUCCUCUGAGAAGGAGCCCCCGAAACUAGAAAUUUCAUCAUCUACCCCGGACCUUCCAUCGUCGGCUCCGACACCUCCUGCAUCAGGCUCGAAUGGAACUAUCACACCACUCACAGGGAGCUCUGGGAUCAAUCAGCUUGACCUUCUACUUUCCCUAGACGUGGCUUUGGAACUCAUUCAUGCUGAUCGUGAAGGCUUAAAGCGAGUUGAGACGUUUGCCGGGUACCCGGGGCACUAUGGGCAUAGAGUUCGGGAUACUAUCGAGGAGAUUUUCAUCCUGAUGCUUCAGACGCUUAGUGAACGACAUGUGACCAAAGGAUUUUCUGCCGCUAUCGAGCAAAUGAGAGCCUACAAACCUGCGGAGCACGAAGAAACAACAAGUGUUGCUCCACUCCUGCAGUUUUUUGAGCUUGUCCACAUUGGAGACACUAUCCAGUCCAUGGUUCAAGUGUAUUUCGACAAGGAGCUUGUACCUCAUAUCGAUCGACACGACUUCCUCAAUGCAGUUGUGCGGGAGAAAAAGCGGUUCGAAAAUGCUCUGGACGAUUCCGUUGCUGGUGGACUUAAUGCUGGCACAGAGGUGUUGAUGAAUCAGGUGGAGCACAUUAUCAUCACUUUGACACAGCCGCGUGAAUACUACCCUCCCGAAGACAGGCCCCUUGAGCUGGGAGCGACCAACGGGUGCAAGGAGGCUAUCAAGUGCUUGGAAAUGCAUUGUAAGCUGUUGAAGGGAAGCACUAGCAAGGAGGUCCUGGAAGUGUUUCAUCAAGAGGUGGGGAUCCGGCUCAUUGCCAUCCUGCAGAAACACAUCAAGAGGCAAAUCAUAUCGCUGAACGGAGGAUUCCAAGUUAUCGCUGAUUUAAAUGCAUACCAUGCGUUUAUAUCUUCGCUUAAGGUUCCUUCGAUUGUCGCGGAUUUUUCGCACUUGAAGAUGCUGGGGCAUGUGUAUGUUGUUGAGGAUGCUAAGGAUCUGGCGCAGAUCGUCAGGGAUGUUACCCGAUAUGGGGGUGCAUACAAGCCCGAGGAUAUCUACGAGUUUAUCCAGCAUAGAUCGGAUUGGAAGAAGAUUGAAAAAACGGUCGACAAGACGAUGUAUAAUCUCAGUUUCAAGGAGGAUUGUAUUAUUUGUUGAAUUAUACUGAUACGUUGGAUACGAUUCCAGAAAUUUUUGCGCUCAAAUACGCCUAUCGCAACGUGCAGAAUGAUGUUCAUUCAGACGCCAAGCGACGGCUAAUAUUUUGCUUUCUUCUGUUCGUUCGUAAGAUCGACGAGCAAAGAUCAUGUUAUGACA